CAGAGACUAUGAUUUCCGUGAACAUCUUUCCACCAUUGCUUCAACUGAACAAAGAGACAUGGUGCUGGGAAAUGAUGCAAACAGCUGGUCCUACCUGUAUUUUCCGAUCUUCUCUGCUUCAGAUUUACGUAUUUACAAGCAGUGUCCCUUGGAUGUCCCAACAUUAAACAAACAAAAGAAGAAGGUUGCCACGCCCCCACCUCCACCCCCACCACCAGCUCCAACAAAGGCCAAGGGAACUUCAACACGUCCUGCCACACCCAACCAACCCAGGAGAGAUUCAAGACUUAGAAAGCUACGAAGUGGAACACCAUCUCCUGAACCAGAAGCUCCAAAUCCACAAUUACCCCCGCCAGCUGUAGAAAAACAACAGCAGGAACCAAAGAACACAAUUGCUGAAGGGUUUGAACUCGCUGCAUUCGAUGUUGAGUCUCUGAAGAAGCUCUGUGAGAAAUUUGCAGAACCACCUCCUCCCCCUAAGAAACGUGGCAGGAAACCCAAGCCCCCACCCCCAAGAAAGCGUUGUGAAAUUGAUCUGCAUGGCAGCCUGUUAGCCUUGCUUGAAGAACUGGAAAAGUACGAGAUGUCAUUUAGCAAGUUGAUGAGCAAGGCAAAGAUAAAGAUCAUGAAGGAGAGCCAAGAACCUGAACCAGUUGAAGAGCCAGAAGAGGUCGUCCCUGCUGAAGAAGCAGAGGAAUGGGGCAGUGAAGAAAGUGUUGAAGACGAGAUUGAAGAUGCUGGAGCAAGGGACAUGUCCAGUGACGAAGACUUUAUUCUGGAAGACGAAGAGAGUAAGAACAACAAAUCACCAACGUCUGACCAAGCCAACAAAGAUGGCGAAGAUGGCGAGAACAAAGGCAACGCAGCAACUCAGAUCUCGCUUCCACAAAAGAGAAAAGCUGAAGAGGCGAACAUUGUUGAGGAAAGUAACCAGUCUGUUGCAAGCCCAGGAGUUCAGGAAGAAGACGAUUCAUGCUCCAUCGCCAUUCAAACAACGCCUCCUAGAUUGAAAAAGAAGCGAAAGAAGCAUGCGCCUGGAACAGAGGUCAAACCUGGUACAGUUGCCCAGACAGUACCUCAAGGAGGAGCUGCCGACAUAUCUCCGACUUCCGUCACCAAGAUCCCACAGGGAAAUCGACCAAACAUUCUCCAUAUUCCUGCUGGUCUGCAUUCUGUUACUGCCAAGAAAGCAGUUGAUGUCACAGUUAAGACUUCUGCCGUGGUAAAUACAAAUAACACUGUCUCAGCAAGUGGACUUUCUAUAAAGACAGUUUUGCCCUCUGCUAGGGUAACACAACCAGAGAAGAAGCUGAACUCGGUCAGAAUACUGUCUAAACCCUCCGCUACGUUAAAUGCGUCAGCUUCAUCUACAGUGGCGGCCCAGCCUAGUUCAUCAGUUGGAGUGCCUACGACGCCUUUCCGCAGUACCACCUCCAAUCAAGCUGUCACCCUUUCCAAGAGUCUUUCAUCAACAGCUGUUUCUGCUGCCGUUCAACAUCAUCAGUCACAAGCGCGCUUGUCCGCCGCGGUAUCGUCAGGUGUAGGAAAAGUUAUGUUGGUGUCAAGUUCUGGAGUGCCGCUACAAGUGCUGAAAACCGUGCCUGUGUCCCAACCCAUGAUUCAAGGGAAAACGUUGAAUCCUGCUGUCCUGACCACGCAAGGAAGCGCCGUCGUUUCUUCAGCUUCUUCAUCGUCAAAUCCAGUUGGAGUAGCGACGCUCGCAAGCUCGUCGCUUAGUACUAAAUCAGCUACUUCUCAGCUGCCAAGCCAAGCCGUCCCAAAAGUGGCCAUUUCCGUUACACCCUCCAAACUUUCUAGUGUAUUGUCUACUUCCCCAGUCUUUCUAGUGCAACGCCCAGGAUCAGGAGGGGUUGUGCCUCUGGCAGUCAAGGGAGGGGCUAUUGUCGUGCCUACUUCGUCAGCGCCCCAACAGGUAGUCGUUAUCAGACCUUCAAGUUCAUUAACCUCAUCUACCACAAGUACAACAACUCAGUUAUCCGGAGCGGGGAUUGCUGUGUUAGGCAAUACAGCUCAGAUUGCGCAGACUGCACUUGGGCAUAAGGUUGUAUUGUCAGCCUCAACGACUUUGCCUCCAAAAACCAAAAUUGCCACAGUCAACAAACCAGUUGACCAGGCGGCAAAAACUCCAUUAAAAGUUAAACCAUCUGAACUUAAUACCAGUUCUUUAGCUCUGGGUAAUAAACCGAUCAUGUUAAAGACGACAGCCUCUUCAACUUCAUCUGUAACCGCGGGAAGCAAUUCAACAGUAUUGGUAACAAGAGCUCCAGAUCCAAAACCUAGCUGCGCAACUUUAGCUGCCGGCAAUGAGCGGACUGGGCUGGGUACAGUGGCGUCCUCCGAGAUUACAGCUGCUAAUAAACAGUCAGUUAAUGUGGGAUCAAAUCGUGUGUUUGACACAGAAAUAUCUGACACAGUUAUGAACGCUCUGUUGUCAAAUUGUGAGACAGUGAAGGGGACAGACAGUCCAACAGUGACAACUGUUUCGCCAGAAAGAGACCUAAGGAAAACAAAGGUAUCAUGCGAGAACAAGUCGUUACCUUCUUUAACAAUUAACACAAACAAGACCUCUCGACCAGAAAUUGCAGCAGAUGGCAAUGUCGAGGGUAAAGCUGGUAUAGAGUUACAUGACAAAGAUAAAGACGCUGAAAAUGGUUCAGAUCCCUUAGUGGAUCUUACAUGUUAUGAGACAAGCGUUAGUGAUUCGACAUGUGGAGAGAGCGAUGACUCAGCGGCGCCGAAUGGCCUCCACCGUGACCUCAAGACGUCGCUACCGUGCAAGCUCGCAGAGAUAGAUGUUAAGCUGUGUAAUGGGGUCAGUCGAUCAGUAACUCCUGCUACCAAAAGUGUGGAGCAAGAACUUGAUUCUGGGGAACGAAGUCACGCAGUGACAGAUCAAGCCACUAAUGGACUUCUCAUAACUGAAACGUAGAACGAAUGAGAGAAAUUGAACUCAUUCAAGCUUAUUACUUCGUCGUUAAUUAUCAAAUCUUUUGGACCGCAAGAGUCUGUUUUUCCAUGUGGAAUUCAUUGGUCCUUUUUUAACGAUUUCCCCUAUUUUUGUUUUUCCUCAUAAGUCAUAUUUCUUGGCCUGCCUGUGCACGUUUAAUUUCAGAGUGCCUUGCAAUAACUUUGAUGGGAUGGGCGGGUUAUUUUGUACAGUACUUGUAACUUUCUUCAGAGGGUGUCCCCCUGGGGCAUUAUCUUGUGAGUUUCCCUUGUGGAAAUUAAAUAAACGUUUCUGUGCGGUG